GUCUCGUGCUAUAGUGUUAGUGUAAUAUUAUUUUUUUUAUUUUUCUUAUUUAUUUGAAAAUUAGUGAAUUUAUAUAUUUUGAGUUAUAUUUUUUUCUGGUCAGUGUUGUUGUAUAAAUUAUUUAUUGUGAAAUUAUUUAAGUGAAUAAAAAUAAAUUACCUAAGUCUGCACGUUAGAAAUGUUCGUGUAUAGAAGCUCUGACAAGAAUAUUUACAUUGUUUGAUGAUCGUAAUGAAUGGAUUUCGAUUCAACGGAUAUUUUUAAAAACUUGAAGGUAAAUUUGUAUGGUAUAUUUAUACCCGUUUAAUCAUGCCCCCGAAUUGUGACAGUUUUAUAAACAGAGAUUUAAUAAAAAUAUAAUUUACAACCAGUGGUUUAUUUUUCGUUAUAUAGUUAUGUAGGUACCUACUGAUUUAAAUGACUAAUGCAUAUACUAUGUAGUGGUUUUAAAUAAAUUAAAACUAGUAAAUUUAAAGGUGUAAGUUUAUAUUUUAGAAAUAUAGUUAAUUAUUGUUAUUUUAAUUUAAAUUAACUAUUAACGAAGGUACUGAAUAUUGGUAGAAAAUUGCAUUAUAUUAUAUUUUAAAGGUAGAGACUAUAUAAAUUUUUACAAUUUAGGUAGGCAAAGUAGAUAGGUGCUUCCUACUAAAAAUAAAAAUAAAAAUUUUUAAGUUUAAAAGAGAUUAAUAUAUUUUUACAGAUUUGAAUUUUUUUAAUCAAUGUUUACAGUGUUUUAGAUUAGUUUUUUUUUUUUGUUGAGAGUGUAUCUUAACAUAAUUAAUAUAUAAUCCAUUCUUGAAAAUACAGUUAAAUACAAUGCAAGUUACUUAUUAUUACAAUAUUAUCUACCUACAAUGUUUAUCAUUAUGUAGAAUUGUCAGUUGGCAGUUUAAUUAUUGUAUUAAGAUAAUAGAACAGAUUGGUAUUCAUUUGUUAUUUCAUAUGUGAAGGAUAUUUUCGUAUGUCUUUUAUUCAAGUAAAACUAAUUUUUCUCUAAUAAUAGAAUAUUGCUAUUACUAUUAUAUGUUUUUAUUCAAUUUUUAUGUAUACUAUUAUACGGUUUGACAAUUAAUAGUUAAUAGUAUUUAGGCGAUUGACCUUAUAAAAUUCAUAGUUGUAAGUAAUACUUUAGUGUAUAUUAGUAAAAGGCUUGAUAGUAGGUACCUAUUUAAUUUAAAAAAUUAAUGGAGCCCAAAUAAGUCCAUAGAUAAAAAUAAUUUGUUAUUGUGAGCAAGGCAGUAAAUAAUUUUAAAAAAGGACAAAAUAACUAAGUAAAUACUUAUAAUGUUUUAAUUAAUAUAAUUUUAAUAAAAUUAAAAUAGUAUCUAAGUAUAGGAUAGUAUAGGUAUGCGGGUAGGUACUUAUAUAAUAUAUUUUAAUUCUAUAAAUAAUCAUAAUAUUAAUAUUCUAUUGGUUACCUAUAACUCUAACUAUAUAACCAUUAUAACCAUAAAUAUUUAGGUUUUAAAGUUUUUAUUAACAUUGAUUCAUAGUUGUUGAUUCAUAAUAAUGACAAUAUAAAAAUAAUGCUCAUAUUACCUAGUUUAUGUUAAGAAAUUAUUAAUAAUAUUAUCUGUAAAUGAUAAUGUUAUAAGUUCCUACUCGUUAUAACAUAUAUAUUGAUUAUUCCAGAGAUUAAUCAUUAACUUACAUUUAGGUAAAAAAUACAUUAAAAAAUAUGUUUUCUUUCAAAUAAAUUUUCAUAAGUAUAAAAAAAGCAUUAACAAUAAUAUUAUGUUAAUAAAAACAAAUGUAUAAGUACCCCUUUAAGUAUCUCAUUUUAAUUAAAGUUUGUCCAUAUUUUUCUUGAUAUUUUAUGAACAUGGCUUACCAUAUAGGUACAUUACUGCUCUAGUCUUCUGGUUACUGAUUUCUUCAGUUCAGAAAACUUAAUUUCAUUUCCUUAAUAGUUAAUCAUGUAAUAUAAAUAGGCACCUAAUGAAUAUGAUUAUUUUAUAAGGGUUAUUAUUGUUAAAUUCCAAUUAGUUUAAAUUUUUAUAAUUUUAUUUCUUGAUUAUAAAUAAAUAAAUUAAUUAAAUAUGUGUGUGUGUAGGUAUCUAAUAAUAGAACUAAUUUAAUAUAUCUACUAAAGGAUCAAAAAACGUUUCUUGGUAUUUUUAGCCAAACAAUUAACAAAAAAUUAUAUUGUAGCAUUGUAUAUGAAUUAUUAUAUAGGUAAGUUAUAUUUGGUAAGAAGGUGGAGUUGCCACUUAUGUUUAGUGUACCUACUAUUUUUGCCACUCAUUUUAAUUUUAAUUUAUAAAUAGUGCAAUUUUUUAAUUUGGUAAGUUUUAUGAUAUCUAGUUGUAUUUGUCCACAUUCAAAAAUUUACUGAGUGAAAUUAAUUAUUACAAAAUCAUAGAUAGUGUAUAAUGGCCAUAGACCAAAAACAUGUUAUUUUAAAAUUUGCAUUUAAUACUAAUUUUUCAUUUCAUAAUGUUCUUAAGAUUUAAAAAUCAGACUAAGUAUAAGUUAAAAUAUAAUGAAUUCAUAGCUUAGUUUUGAAAUUUUUUUUAUAGUAACUAGAUAGAAUAUAUAAAAAAUUAAUAGAAAAAAAUCCUCAAGAACACCAUAGGUGGUGACUGAAAUCUACCAGUUUCGAUUAAUGUAGCUAAACUAUCCGAAUCUAUAUAAUAAUUGUGUAAUAAACGAAGUAUUAAAUAUUAUAUUAAUUGUAACUUUAUCUACAUAUUUACUCAUUAUAAUUAUAAAUAUCGGAAACCUGAAGGUAAUGUAUAUCAAUUUUCAAUGGGAUUUUCAAUCAGUUUAUAUUUAUAUAAUUUAAACACAUAAUAAUAUUAUUUAUAUAAUUUCAUUAUAAUAAUUUACUUAAUUUUAUGGAGAUAUACCCUAGGGUCUAGAGUAUACCUAUUAAAACUAUUAAAAUAGUUUUUUCAUAUUAUUUGUUUUAAAUAAAUAAAUGUUUAAGCUAGAUCAUACCCUUGGUAAUACAAUUCUGAAUAUAAGUAUACAACUAGGUGUACAAGUUUUACUUUUGAUAUUUAUAACUGUUAUAGAUAGGUUACUAUAAUAUAACUUAGAUACAUAAGAUUAGCGUGUGGACCUUUAGUUUGAUAUUUUGUUAAUAGGUAUACUUGAGCAUUAAAAAUGCUUUAGACUUAAUAGUUUUUGUUUUUAUCAAUUGAUCAAAAUACUGAAUUAUAAUUUAUAGGAGAGCCAAGAGAAUAUAUUUUCUUUGUCUACUAAGAAGUAAGCUUAAAAUAUAUUUAUAGAAAAUAACUUUUUUUUUAAGUGGAAAUAUUUUUGGUUAUACCUAGGUUACAAUUGAUGAAAAACUAUACUUUUAAACCUAAUAAUAUCAUGUAAAUUAUUAAUUUGUAUUGAAUUUUACAUUGAGCAUCAUUAUUUUUUAUCCUUAUGUUGUAUUUAGAAGGGGGAAGUGUUUGACAGCUAUUUUUCACAAAUUCCGUUCAAAGGCCUAAAACUCGCCAUAAUUGUUUUAAAAAUUAUUUACCAGAAAUUGCAGAGGGGAAGAAGGUGGCACCAUUCAGAUCCUCUAUAAAUACGCCUCUGUCUGACUUCUGUUUAGUAUCAUAUUUUCAAUUUAAUGAUUUAUUUCCAAAACAUGAAUAACUACAGUAACAAUAUUUAGAAAAUAAGAAAUGGCUGCCCUUAAGUUCACUUAAGUGGAAUGAAGACAUACAGGUGUUAAAGAAUUAUCUCGAAAAUAAUUUAUUACAUCGUUUUAAUAUAUAUAUAUAUAAAUAGGUAUAUUGGUGUAUUAGUUAUAUUAUUUUAGUUUUCUUAAUAAUUUGGAAAAAAUUAAAAGAGUACGCAAUAACGACUACUGAUUUUGUGGUUUUUUUUUUGUUGUAGUUCAAUUAAAAGUAAUCUUUGACCUUAAAUUUCUAUAGAAUACUUUUAUAAGUCUUUGCUAGGCGUAAUAUAUUUUUCAAUGUAAUAUACUGUAAGCGGAAUCGUGUUUUAUUAACAUACAGAUAUAUAUUAAAUUAGGGGCGUACCCUACAUAUUCCAUUUUCUCAACUUUCCACCUACAAAUACCCGUGUUGCGAAGUAUGUCCGUUGCUUUUAUUUCCUAUUUUGUACAAUAAAAGUAUCAUAUUAUUCGACUUUUUUGAUUUUUAGUUUUAUACUAGUGUCUUGUUCCGGAUUUUAAAGGAAGCGUUUUUUCUUAUGGACAUUUUUUUCUAGUUUGUGCACACGAUUGUUUUCAUUUUCUAAAUAAUUAGGAAAAACGGGAAAGUUUACGACAAUAACGGUUUCAUUAUUUUCAAUUUGGUUUUUUUGUUACUACCUACAUUAUAUUGGAUUAAAAUAAUUGUAGAAACUUGAAAUUUUUAAAGAAUUCUGGUGAUUUGUAGACAUUUGACAUUUUCUAGUCCUUUUUUAGUUUUUAUUUUGUUUUGUUAUGUUUUUAUUAUGUUGACAAACUCAGGUAAAAUUAUAUUAUCUAUUUAUUAUUCUUAUUAUUUAAAAUUUAGAUGAGAGCUAAUAAUUUAUUUAGAGCCUAAACUACUUGGCUUUUCAACAUUUUAAAUUUAUAAGAUGAAAUAUUGUAAAAACCAGAGUAAAAAUGUAGUGUUAUGUACCUAAUUACUUUAAAUUUGGUUAAGAAAAUAAAACAAAAACAUAAUAUCGAAAAUAGAUGAUUUGUUAUAAAUAAAUAUUCUGUAUAGCUAGAACUUUAAAUUUAGUUUAAAACUAUUGUUUUUAGAUGUUGGUAUUUGUUUAUUUAUUGUAUGGUUUGUAUACAACACUAAAAUAGCAAAAUACAAUAAAUAUAUCAAAUAAAUGAAAUGGAUAAAAUUUGAAUAAUAUUGAUGUAAUAAUAUUAAAUGAUGUUUGCAUUGACAACACAAUACAAUAUACAAUGAAAACUGUCUAAAAUUCACCAUCUGUAAGUCGGAAACACUGUAUUCUUGAAAUUAAAAUUUGAAUAGUUUCAAAAUGAAAUUUUUCACAUAUUUCAUUAAAUUACUGUAAGGAGACGAAGGUUCUUAUUUUUGGUCUAUUAGAAUUCCGUUUUAGACAUUUUUCAGUGUUUUCACUGUAUACGGAUCGAUAAACAUAUAUAGGAAUCGGCUAUAAAAUAAAAUAUUGUUUUCUUAAUUAUUUCUAUAUGCCUCAUCCAUAUUUUCUACCGUCUGGAGUGUUGUCACGUUGCCAACUGCAUAGGUCUUUCUACAUUAUAGUUUUAAAUAUAAACAAUUACAACCGCAUACAUUCUUGAGUCUGGAAACUUUUCAUGUGCCCGGACUAAAAAAACAAUGUAUAUACUUAUAUUAUGUUAAAUAUUAAGUAAAAAAUGAUCAGGAAACUCAACAGUUUUGUUAUUUUUUGACGAAUUUCACUUUGGUCAUCUACCUGUUGUUACAAAGCAACAAGUAUCACAAUUGUCAACUUUAAAAUUAGUAAGGUUUACAAUAUGUUUUCAUAAUAAAAGGUUUUACGAGUUACAAUGCAUAGAGAUUAUAUAUAAUAUAUGAUACACAUAUAUGCCAUGUUAUUUGAUAUUCGUGAGGUUUUCUUGUGGUGUGUAUAUGUAACAUCGGGUAUCGAUGUUUUUAUUGUUCGAAAAUAUGAUCUCAUGUUUGAGUUUACUAUAUACAUAAAAGUGUAUAUAAAAGAAUCUGUAAUUACUUAUUUAGUAUAAAAUAUAAACUCAAAUAAGGUAUUUUAAUCAUUCUGUGUUAGAACAAAAGUAAGUUUGUAGUAAGUAGGUACAAACGAACAAUUAAAACUAAUAAGUUAAUAAAUUAAUAAUUUUUAUUCAAAAUUAUUUUGAGUUCGUUUUUAAUUUCUAGCUCGAUAGGUUUACUUAAUAUAAAAUAUAGUAACUAUUUUGCAUAUAUUAUUACCAUGAUCUAUUAUCAAUAGAUAAUAGGUAUAUCCUUAUAGAUAUAUCCAUAAAAUAUAUAUUAUUUUAUAUAAUAUAAAUAAAAUGCAAACACUUGACAGUCAACACAAAUACAUUAUUAAAAUUAACUGUAAACUAAAUAUUUUAAUUUUAAUAUAAUUACUUACCUACUAUUUUUUCGUAUAAUAAUAAUUAAUACAAAAUAUUAAUAUUUUUUAUCCGACGACUGGUUUUAACUAUUAAUUAUCUUUUUUUCGUGCACCUGUUUACAGAAUUAUUGUUAUUUGUUUUGUAAAAUAAUACAAUAAGGUUUUACGGUUUUCAUAGAACAUAUAUAUAUAUAUAUACUAUAGUAUAUGAUGUAUUGAAAGUAUGAUUUAUAAAUCAUAUAUGUAUGUAUAUAUAUAUAUAUAUAUUAAAAAAAACAUAAAUUGAAUGAUUAACAAUUGCUAUAAUAAUUAAGUUUUCAUUCAUAGUCUCUGUCCUAUGUUUUACAGAAACAAGUUUGGGUUUUGUAGUUGCUAGCAAAAAAAAUAUGGCUUACUUAAAUUUCAUCGGAACCUUCAUUCUAUUCCUCAACGUAAUUUGAUCUGGUUUCAACAUCACCCAGUUGUUGUCUGCACGUUUAAAAGAUAGCGCACGUCUCGAGAUAUUUCCACUUAUUAUUUUAUUAUUGCUUUUACGACCCAGUAAAAAAACCGAGUGGGCGAUACGUUUGGUGUAACUGUAUUCAUGUUCUUUAAUAUGCGUGUCAAUAUUAUUUCAUGGACAUACUUAGCACUUAGGUUCAUAAUUUAUUUACUCCUCUAUACAAGUAUAGUAUUCAUUAUUAUCCUAUUAUUUCUGUAAACUAUUUUUAACUAUAAAACAACAUUGUAUCGCAUUAUUAAUUUUUUCACUUACACGGAUAAAGAAUUAUGAAAUAAACAUAUAUAUAUAUAUUUGAACAUUAAGAACUUUAAUUUUUUAAAUUUCUAAUUAAUUAGUUCUGUCGCUUAUUUUUUUUAUCAAAUAACUGAUCAGUUAUACAGUACUAAAUCUAUUGGUAAAUUAAUAUAAAAUAAUUUUUUUUUUUAUAUAUUUUUAAAAUGUAUUUCAUCAUUAGCUAAUUAGCAAAUAAGUAGGUAUCUACCUAAACUUAUAUUCACGUGUGUUGUAUCGGUUUUACAAACGUACAACAUAGCAAAUUUGCGUUCAACAGUGACUACUUUGUGCUGCUAGGUUUAAUACUAGAGUAAAUUGAUUUAUUAUCAAAUUUAAAGAUAAGAACAUAAUAGUCGCAACUACUUCGGUUUUUUUUUGCGCUUUUAGUUCUUAAGCUAGAAAUAAGUAUUUUUGAUUAAGUAAUAUUUUAAAUGUCCAUAUCAUGCUUAACAAAUAAAUUAUCGAAAAAAUCGGCGUAUAGCGCAGACAAUGUUCUUAUCUUUAAAUUUGAUAAUAGGUCAAUUCACUAUAAUAAUAAAACUAACGGCACACAAUUGGUUUUAUUGAACGAAAAUUUGCUGCCGCGCGUUUGUAAGACAGACGGAGACAGUUAGAUGCGGGUAUCACGUCAAUUACUUUUUAAUAAUUGACACCUAUUUGGAUUUAUUUAUUUUUUCAUCGUAGUAUUAAAUUGCUUUAAAACUGACUAAAGCACUAAAACAGUAAUCAAAUGUAGGUUUUUUUUAUCUAAUCAGUUUAAUACAAUUAUCAAAAUUGUUUUUAUAUAAAAAAUAAAAAUGUACAGGUUGCUUUUUAUAUUGAUUGAUUUUCUUUCUUAUCGUCAAAGAAAUAAAUUAGGUAAUUCGUUUUUGCGUUAUUGGAUAGAAUUUCAUGUACAAAAGCCGGAAGAGACGGUUUGUUGAACAUAACUGAUACAUCCUUCCGGUAGCCAUGAUCAUAUCCGUUCGAUCCACCUAUAUCUAUCGAGACUGAGUAAUAUAGAAAAACCAUUGGGCCGUUUUUAACAUAGUCGUUCGACUCGUUUUACAACGUUGUUGGAUUGAAACUGUGCGGGCGUGACUGGUUCUCAAUAAAAAAAAAAAAAUAACAACAUUGUUAUGAAACGUAAAAUACUGUGUCUAAACUCUAAAUACAAUCGCCAUGUAUGUAUAAAAUAUAUUUGGCGAGUUUCUCACAGCUGCAUAUUAUAGACGAAGGUCAAAUUCAGAUAAAUAUUAUAAUCCAUAACUAUAAUUUCUUCUAAUGUAUUAAGUAUAAAAUGAUCACUUUAUUAGCGUAUUUUUAUAACUUUAAUCGCCAUACGAUGAAUAAAAUAUAACUGAAAAUUUUAAGAUGAUUCAAUAAUUAAUAUUGAUAGUUGAUUGGAGGUACGACAGUCUAGGUUAAUAUCUUAUACGAAAUUGCGAUUUUCUUUUUUGUGUUUAUAAAAUUUAAAUAAAAUAAUUAUAGGUAUUCAUAAUACCUUGUAUUGAAUAAAAUUGGAUAAAAAAUACCGAUCUAGUUGCUAGUUUUAAUAAUUAUGCAAUUAUUUGUCAAUAUAUUUAAAAAAUAAAAAUAAAUAGAUUAUUCUGCUGAAAAUCGUAAAAUAUAAUAUAAUAUUGUUUAGAAAGGUAAAAAGAAAGAAAAAAGUUACUAAAGGUCACGCCAUGGCCAUGGACAAAUUCGCAAACUCUGUUAGGUCCUUAUAUGGCUAAUUCUAGUUAAAUAAACAGUUGUCGAGUGGUUUUCAGGGGUUUCCAACGUUUAACCGUAGUCUCUUAUGAAUAUUUUGUUUUCCCCGUGUUACCUAUAAUACCUUGACUUUAUUUCUGUUUCAGUAUUGAUAUAUUGUUAUUAUGACUUGACCUGGAAGCAGUGUCACGAAUUUGGCCUACUAUAGAUAGACACAUAAGUACUGCUCGUUUGUUCCUUUUUCAUACUUUGAUUUAAAAAUAUGCAUACCUUUUACGAAUGCUAUAAAACGGGCAAGCAGUUUUUUACUCGAUUAAAGUUAAUAAAAAACGUAAAUAUUUGUAUAGAAUUGGAUAGGUUUGUUUAUAAUAUUAAUAGUCGUAUUACGAAAUGAAAUAUUUUCAUUGUAUCGGGUUUCUUUUUUUCUAUUUGUAACAAAACAACAUGAAGUUUGAAAAUAGAAUAUAAUAAUAUACAAACCGUUGCACUGCUACUAGUAAGGCUACUGAUUAGGUAUUUUUAUUAUUAACAUUACCUAUCAACAAUUUAAUGAUAAGGCAAUAGUUUUAUCUGUGACAAUAGUUAAAUUACUAAAUUUUUAUUUACGUCAAAUAAUCUACGACAUCAAAAUAUAACAUAAAGCAUUACUUUGUUGCUGAUAUUUCACUACAAUCAUUAAUGACGGAGACUAAUUAAAUAAUAUUAUAAUAUACUAAUAAUAAUAAUGUGUUAGUUAACUAUAAAAAGUUCAAAAGUUCAUCGACAACGUUAGAAUAUUCAAAGGGCUUACCGACCCUUUUUUAAAAAAUGUACAGUAAAAAAAAUAGGAUUUCCUUUGUUAAACUUGUAAAAAAUAUUAUGUAUAAACACUGUGUUUUCGAUAUAUGGCGAACAGUAUACACUGUACAAUCUCUGAAUCAUAUUUAAAAUUACCUCGAGUUACGGAUUAUUAUUACGAGUAAUAAUAUUACGCAUGAUUAGAGUUUUUUCAUUUGGACAUUAAAAUUAUUGUGCGAAUUCGUUAAAAGUAAAACGAUCGCAACGAUAAAAAUUAAAAGACUACAAGUCAUUUAUGUACAAAUAAUAUAGUCACAACUAAAAAAAAAAAAAAAGAGAAAGUAGGUUUAGAAUUCGGACUGUUAAACAUUACCGUUGUGCUUCGUACCUUAUACAUAUAUAAUGUAAUUAUUCUAUUCUAUUUUUCUUUUUAUAAUUUCUGGUUUCCUUUUUUUUUUAUAGUUAUUAUUUAUUAUCUUUAAAAGAAAAAAACCGCUUAUUAGAUAUUAUAUUGUUUAUAUAUGUAUAACCAACGAUUUAAAAUAAAUUAUUGAUAUUAUUUUUCCAUUGCAUCAGUUUUUUUUUUAUACAAAUUUUAUACUGAAGACAAUUUUUUUUUUAGAUUAUGAACGUUUUGAAAUAAUAUUUAGUACUAUUUAUGAGAUUAUAUAUUUAGUUAAAAUAAGUAUUUUGAUAAAAUAGCUUAUUAUGUUGGAUAGAUAAUGUUUCAGAUACGGGUAUAUUGCAAUAAUUACAAACCGUACCUAUUUCAUUAUUUAUAUUAUUGUCUUCUUGUAGAAAUAUUAUUUGUAGAUUAAAAAUUAUUAUCAAUUUAAGAUGUAUCUCUUGUUUGAUUAUUAUUGGUAUUUUAACUAUUUAAACUGGCAUGUCUACUAAAAUAAUAUUAAAUGUCGAGCGUACACUUUUCAGAAUGUAAUUCAAUCAUUAUUGAUGAAUUUGAAAAAAGUUUUAUUGGUCUAAGCAAAUACCAAGUUAAAUAUAAUAUUCGAAUGUGUAUAUUAGCCAUGUACGGUCAAAAUAUUGUCUAUGGUUGUGUGGUAUAAAUAUUAUCUAUAGGUAUAAUUAGAUCUUAUCAUGACAUAAGCAGAAAAUAAUAUGUGCCUGAAUUGUAUACGAAAUGAACUUUCUUCCACCGUUUCUGCUUAUUCGUAAAAAAUUCUCGAUUUAUUUUUAUUUUACGUUUGGCACAAUGUUAUACUACAAUAGUAUAUUAUCGAAAAUCCGUACAUUCCUGACAUACUAUAAAAAUAAAAAACUAUUUGCUAUUGAUCAACAGUUAAAGGUGCCUCUAGUUUCUAAAUACCUAGUUAAGUAAGGUCAGAUGAUAUCUGAUCUAUGCACUUUUUUUUACAUUAAUAAGUUAUGUAAUUGUGUGAUAACAGCAGAGGCCAAAUUAGGAUAUAAACAUUGUCAUCAGACAGCAUAUUAAAUAAUAAAUUAUUAUAAAUAUAAGCAUUUAUGAAAAAAAUAAACUUAUAAUACAACUUUUUGAGUUAAAAUGUUAUUUUUUUGUAUUAUGAAAACAGAUCCCUUACUGCUGUCGGUUAAACAAAAAAAACAUAAAAAACAAAAACUUAUUCGAUAUGAAUUAAUUUCCAAGCCAAAUAAUUAUUAGACCCAAAGUUCCUAAUAUUUGUAAUAUCAUUGCUUGAAUCGUGUGAAUUAUAAUUAUAAAUUAUUAUUCCGUUGAAUUAUUAAUAUUAGAAUAUUAGUUUUAUAUGCUAAAGAUAUUUUCCUGAUGAGCUGGUCGAUUAGAUUGUAUAUUAUUCAAUAUUUAUAUUAUACAUAUGCAUGGUAAAUUUAGUAAAUUGUUAAUUUCCUAAACACGUAUUUAAUAAUAUGGUUGCCAUAACUGAAACUUAAACUUUUUUAGUUUUUUCUUUUCAAUGAUGUUAUAAAAUCAUUAUCGAUCACAAAAUAUACAAAACAUUCUUAACUUGCAUAUAUUUACUACUUAUAUUUUAUUUUAGAUUUUUAACAGUAGAUAUUUUAAAAACAUUGCGUAACUAUACUAACUUUAUCAAUGACACUAUACCUGUAUAUUAUUUAAUUUAUUUUGUUUUGUUUCAACAUUUUGUCGCAUUAUAAAAUAUUCAAAUUUUAUCGUAAAGACUUAUAGUAUAUUGUAGACCUGCCUAUUGUUUUUUUUUUCAUAUUUACAAAUAGAAAUGAUGACAUAUUUUAAAUCGGUUAUAUAAAUUCGGCACGCAUUUCAUUGCUUUAAAAUAGGUUUAUUUAUAUAUAUAUAUAUAUGUACAUAUUUUUUUAUAUGCGUAUCCAUAACAUAUUAAUUUUUUUUACUGAAAAAUAUUUAAAUUUAAAUGGAAGUUUCACUAGUUUUUUUUUUUUGUUAUCAUUGUCAAGUGUCACAUAAUAGAUUACAAAAUUUCACUUCUUAUUUCAAUAUUUAUGUAAUUUAAACUUUAUAAUACCGACUGUUGUUAUACCUAUUAUACAGUUACUUAAUAGAACUGUUAAUAAACAAAAAAUAAUAAUAAUAAAAGUUUUACCUAUUAAUUUUAAAACUCUAGAAGUAAAAAUUUUUCAUUUCUAAUUUUUAUUUUUUCAAUGUUUGUUUUUAAGUAAAAUAAUUGGUAAAUAUAAUGAAAAAUUCGCGUUUUUUUCUCCCUUCAAAAAUAAAUAUUUAACUUAUAAUUAUAUAGGUAGUUAUAAUAUUGUAUAAUGCCGAAAGAACAGUUUAUGUUUUAGUACAAUUUUGCAUUAGGUACACGGGUAUUUUUAAAUUCGAGCAUACCUCAUAAUUUUAUUUUUAUAUAUUUACAUAUAUUUUAUAUUUAUGUUUUUUUUAAUUUUAAUAUAUUAUCUUAUGAUUUUUUUUUUUUUUUUUACUUAAUACUAGAUAAAGUACUAGUAAAGUUUAUACCAUUUAAUUUUCUCAAUAACUAAAUUUUUGUUUAAAAAAAGGUACAUCAGCAUAUAACGUAAUACACUCAUUAUUUCGAAGAGUAUUGGCUUUUUUCAGAAUUUGUAUUUUAGAACAUUACAGAACAAGCAGGUAUAAAAUAUUAUGUUGAGUUUUACCUUUUUUUUGGGAGUGAAACGACUGUCCAAAUUUGAUUUUUUAAUUAAUAACCUAAAUUUCGAAUUCCGUAAAUAAAUGAGGUUUUAGUUUAAAUACAUUUUUUGUGUUCAAUUUUUUAAUUUCAAUAACCCAAACACAAGGAUGACAAAAAUAAUCAUAAGUACCUAACAUAAUAUUUAUUAGCCGAUUUUUUCUUAAAUUUUCCAAAAAAAACCCAAAUACUUUCCGACUUAACGAGAGUCUUAUUACUUAAUGUUGACCACUCUGUAUACAGCUAAAUCUUCGUUGAUUUUAUUUAAUCAUCACUAAAUAUUUUUUUAUUGUGUAAUAUUUUUUAUAACAUUCUUUCAUUUAAAAACGAACGAGUUAAAAACGACUCAAAUUAAUUUUUUUAUAUUUCAUAAAGAUGUACAUUGUACACUAUUAUAUUAUGUGUCAAAAAAACCAAGUUGAUAUUUAAAAAAUUAGAUAGCUUCCGUUAUUACCCGUUAUCCGUUGUAUGAAUUAUUAGUCAUUGUUAAUAAUGUAAUAACAACGAAUCAAUCCUUUAUAAUAGAACAUGUGAUAACAUCGAUAACUUUUGUCUCGUAUAUGUUUUAUUUACAAUAACCAUGUUGUUUUAUCGUGUGCCAGAGUAUUUAUAAUAUGUAUUUAUUUACAUACAUAUAUAUUUAUACAUUCACAUUGAUUGUUUAGUAAAUGGCGGCUUACUUCAAUUAUUAUGCUCGUACUCUGCAGCACCCAUCAAGUUUAUUACCAUUGUAUACUUUUUUUUUUUAUUUACGGUUUUUAACCUAACCUAAGCUUCUAUGAAUUAAAUUUAAUGGUAUGUAAAUAAUACAUGUUCUAAUAGAAUAUUAGAAUAAUUGAGAUUCACGCGACUAUACUGCAAUAAUAUCGGUUUUAGUCCUUAUUAUACUUACAAAAUUUAAAUGGUUCCUGCAAUUUCAAAGGAUAAAAUACAAGUCGAAACAUACGAAUCUGUUAUUCAGAUAUGUAGACGUUAUUUUAAGUCAAUUUAUUUUUUAUUUUUUUAACGUUUUUGGCAAAUUAAAGUUGGAACUGUGUUGGAUGUAUACUGCAUAUAGGCUUAUACAUUAGUUAUUGUACCUUAUAAUUUUGUUUUAUUUGAAUUAAUUUGAACGAGCAUUAAUAUGUUUGAAAUUGAAUGGUAGUAGCUAUGUGAAUUAAUUAUUAUAUUGACGAUUAUGUUGACUUUUGUAUGUAAUCAAAUAUUACUUAACGUUUUUGUCCGAUUCUCGUUUGUUUGAAACGAUUACCGUGCACAAUAAUAUUGUUACGUGUGUUAUGAAACAUUGGUGAAAUUGUAUUAUUUCGUAAAUUUUUUUAUUUGAUGUGUUGUUGACUAAUCGUGGUAUCAUUUCCACAUUAGGCCCGAAUUUACAUACAGCUUCACCAGACACAGAUGGGUCGCUGACCCAUAAAAUAAAAAUCUAUUUUAAAACUAAUAUUUAAAAAAAGGGCUAACACUGUUGAUAGGUGUGCCGCUGUUGUAGGUGGGAAGGUAGGAUAUGUAAAGUUAUUUAAUUUAUAUCUGUAAGCAACGAUAAAUCGUUAAUAACGAAAAACAAUUCUGAACGAAGUUCGGUUUUAUAUUUUUUGAUGUGUUGCAAUUUUUACCAUUUUCAUCGAAAUUUUAACUCGAAACUCUUUUUUAAAAAAAAUUACUAAAUUGCACUAUACUGUAUUUUACAACUAAAUAGGUACAACUUAUUAUAAACCUACAGUUAAAAUUUCAAGCAUUUCUGUGUGAUUAAUCAAUUUUAUCCACAUAUUAGUAUUUAUUAUUAUUAUUUUUAGUAUCGCCUGGUUCGGGUAGGGAGGAACUGCGUUAGCAUUACUUCCCCCUUGGACAUAAUGGUACUUUAAUAUCUAGUACCUACUAAAUAUAAAUUAAAAAAAAAAAAAAAAAAAAACUAGCAAACAUAAAAUGCCUAUUCAUGUAGCUCGAAAAUUAUGACGUUUAAAAAACGAAAAUAUAAAUUUUUUAUCAAAAUUUCCACGAAAUCUCCACGAAUAAUUUUUACUAAAUUACAAUAAAAAAAUAAAGUUUAAAAUUAGUUUCAUAACUUUCCUCUUCUUUCUACCUUUUUUUCUCUAAUUCUGCUGCGUAAUUAAAAUAACUACUUGUACUUGGAAAAUUAAAAAACAACUUUAUUACUCACCAAUUAAAUUAAAAAUGCAACAAAAAGGUUUCAUGUCAUUUUUCGAUUGGAGCAUUAUUUCUAGUUGAAAACAUAAAUUGUUAAAAUUUAAAUAUAAUUAAAUCAUAACGUUGCAAAUUUAUCAGUUUUCAUUUUACGUCUUUUCGGUUUUUUCUAAUUAUGAAAACUGUUGGAAAAAAAGUUAUAUCAUAGUAAAACCAAUAGAUCCUUCGCUACACUCAGAGUCUAAAGUGUUAGAGGAAUAUAAACCCUGUACUUUUUGACUAUUUUUGUAUAUUAAACUUAAAUUUAAAUGACACGAGUUCAACAUUGCAAUAUUAUGAUAAUAAUAUGUUUACAUUUUAUGAUUCAUUAUUAUUAUUGUUGAUAAAUGUAUUUCCGGUAAACACAAACAAAAUAUUAUUUGAUAAAUUACUAAAUACGGUUUUUUUUAUGUAUUAGUUACUACAUAUACUAUAAUAUUAUCAUCCUUAUGCCCGGUUGCACCAAACUUGAUACAUUUAGUGUUAAAUAUUUCUAUAAUAAUAAACUAACAGUUAAUAAAUUAAAGUUUUAACAUAUGUUAAAUUUACGAGUGUUGCUCAAUCAUUGUGUUGUGUUCGGAAUACUGGUUAACGAAUAAAUAGAAAAACAUUGAUCACGAAAUUCAACUAUACAUCAUAGUUAAUAAGGAAUAGAUAAGCCAUUCCUAUAGUUUCGACGUAAGCCGCCAUGUUCCUAGAGAGUAGAUUUAUCUCUGUCUCAUAAAGCUACCUUAUACUACAAUGGAUACUGUAGUUAAUAAUUUUUUUAUCAUCAUUAAUGUGAUAAUAUUAUAAUUAUUAUUUUGUUUGGAUGUUGUGUAUUAUUUAAAUUUUUUUUAUAUUUCAAUGGUUACCAUUCCGUUUUUUGCAAGUAUCAUGGAAUACAAAAAAAGCACCUCAGGACAGCGUUUUCGGGAAUGUAUGAUUAAGCAAAAUGGCCUAUUCAUUUUUUAUCAUCUAUGCCCUAUGCUAUAUAUACAUUUUUACACGACGAUACAUUUUUAUCAACAGAUAUAAUUUAAAACAUGGUUUACGCAACAGAAUUUAUUUUAACUCUAGGUAAACAAAUUUAUCUCUGUAUAAAUACUGUAAAUAUAUGGUGCAAUUCGGCAUUAAUGUCAUAUUAAUGUUUUAAACAUAUUUAUUUGUAUAAACAUAGUUUAUUAUUAUUAUUUAAUUUUAAUUUUAAUCAGUCUGUAAUAUAUGCACCUAUAUAUAUAUAAAUUUGUCGAUUUAAUUUCAAUUUUUAACCAGUAUCAGCUAAUCUUAUUCGUAAAGCCAAACAAACUUUCUCAAUAUAGUUAAUCCUCCAAACCCAGGGAAGAAAUCCUUCAGACAAUUUUGUAUAGUUUUCAUUACAAGCAAAUAUAAUUUUGAAAAUGUAUGCUAUAUUUAUACAAUUCAAACCAAAAAACGAAGGAAAUAAAAUCGCGUUAAACAAAUUAUAAAUACCGAAAAUAAUUUAAGGUUAGGUUAGUUUUAAUUAUAGUUAAUUAAUAAUUUAUUGCCAUCAUAUAUAUUUAAAAAUUGACUAAUAUACAAUUUUAUUUUCUGUGACUAAAUAUAUUAUAUGCCUGCUGCAACGAAAAAGUCGCAUCUCACUUAUCCACUUUCUAAUCUUUUAUCGUAUCAUCUGCCGCAACGGAGAAGGAGGUAUCUUACGUUUUCAACUUCUAAUAUAAUUCCUUUGGACGACUAGAGAUACGAACUUUUUCGUAACUCUGAAAAAACAAAUACAAUUCGGAAUCAAGUUACGACCUUUUUCGUUGUGGCAAGCGAUAUUAAUAUAUACAUAUAAGAUAAUAUAAUAAUCUAUGCCUAUAUACGAUUAACACAUUUAUUAUGUAUUAAUGUAAUUAUGUAAUAUAAUAAUAUAUCAAUGAGGUAUUUUAUAGAUAACACAGUACCGAGUCUAAUUUGUCAUUUUGUAAUAUACUUUUUUCUUUUUUUUUUAUAAUAGUUUAUUAAAGCGUAAACUAAAUCUAUUUAGUAUCCGUUCGUUUUUUCGUAUAAUUUGGUUUAUAAUAAUAAUAAUAAUAAUAAUAUGAUAGAAUAAUUCAACGGCCACUUAUUUCUUUGUUAUUCAUUUUUUUUUUCUCUUACGCUUUUAUCUUUUUUUGGCUGCCCAUAACACUCUCCCACGUUAAAAUCAACGGCAUAAAAUCAAUGUUUUCCAUCACGCCUAUUUAUCUCUUCUGGCGCACUUAUUCCCAAAAGAAAUGAUCCGCAGUUUACAUUUAUGGUAUACAAAAAUGACGGCCACGUGUUUUUUGUAUUCGACGAGCAGAUAUAGCAAUAUAUUUUAUUUAUUGACGAGCGUCUAAAAUAUGUAUUUAAUGGAUGCCGCUCUACCCACGAAUCGAAUGAAAAUUAAAUAUAAUAAAAAAACGCGGGUGUUUGUGUUAAAAAAAAAAAAAAUAUAUAUUUUUAAAUAGUUUUGGAUUAUAUUUGUAUUUAUAUUUUUUUUCCGUAAAUAUACAUUAAUAUUGUUUAUUCGUGUUUAUUACAGCCAAAUGCAACGUGCAAAAUAACAAAAUCGACUGUACAUGAUACUUAUACACACGAUAAUGUCUUGCUUGCGGGAAUCAUCACCGCAACCUGAACACGUUUCCAACCAGAGGCCAGGUAUAAUGAAAAAAAAUAUAUACUUAUAUAUAAUAUAUUUCGUGUUUAUACCUGUUUAUAUUUUUAAACCUUUUAAUAACCUUACACAUUAUAAUAAUACGCCUGUACAAAUAUUCUUAUUAUUAUGUUACAGAACCGAAAAGACGUCGAUUUCAUCCACUCAGAGGUUUGCGUCGGAUAUUCAGACGUAAGCCGCCUAGUCCCGAGCCAAACGAAGUGAAAUCGUGCGACGACGUGAUAGAACCGUCUAGUUUGAAUACGUCCAGAUGUCGUUCGACUAGUCAGCUGAUCGAUGAGCCAUUUACCAGGAGGCGGUAUGUAGAUAAUAUACCCGUACACAAAGAACGCGAAAUUCUCAUUAAUUCUUCAUCAUAAUAUCCAUCAUCCUUUAUAUAAUAAUACGCGCUUUGAAACGUCGUAGUAUUAAUUGGAUACUUAUACUUGUAAUGAUUGAAAUCAAUUACUAUUAUUGUCGUUAUAUUAUAGAAGUUUACACUCCACUCUAUUGAGCGUCAGCCACGACAGCGUGUUCAACCCCGAACAGCAUUCUGGCCAGUUCGGUUCCGAAUCCACCUUAUCCGUACCGCGAUUAGAAUUUCCACCAGCCAACAUACAGGUAAUUAUAUAUAUAUAUAUAUAAAAAUAUACCAUUAAAACUUGUUUUUUUACGUACGUAAAAUUGCACGUAUACCUUUGAAACAGUAUCUCCAUACCGUCUCGAUGAUAAUAUUAUAAUAUAUUUACGUCGCAUUAGUCAUUAGUGCGUUAUCCUAUAUUAGUUUUCAAACACUUUGGACGACAAUAGCUAAUUUCCGUUUAAAACUCUUGUUAUUUUUUCUGUACAAUAUUUUUCGAAACAUAAAUCAUAAUAUAUUAUUAUACAAUAAUAUCUGAUAUCAUUAGACGUUUUGCAGCGCACGAUGAAUUAUUUAUUUUCUUAUAUUAUCGUGCGAACAGUGUUGUAGUAGUAGUAGUAGUAGGCACCUACAUUUUAUACUAUCAUUAAAGGCCCGCUGCGGAAACUCCUAACGGUUGUUUAAUGUGUUCGCUAUAACCGUUAAAUUUCAUUAUUAAAAGACUAUACUCCUCUCAAUACUGUUUGAAAAAUGAAAAGUAAAAAUAUGGAUCGAAUAAGUAUAUCAUUUUUAUUUUUUCAAUAAAUUCAUAAUAGCCUGCGGUGUUAAAGGAGAAUGUUCCAGAGCCUUUAAAUUUUCAAUGGGAGGAGAUGUAGUAAACAAUAAUUCAAAAGCCAGAUCCAAAAAAUUGUGUUCAAAAACCCAAGCUUUUUUUCAUUGUAAUUCAUUGUAAUUCAUUUAAAAAAAUCUUUAGGAUCUUUUGCUAAAAUUUGUCUGAUUUUAAAAAUUAUUAUUAUUUUUUUAUAAUAAUAUGUCAACUUCUUCAUAUUUAUAAUAUCGUUAUAUUCACAUUGAUUAAAUAUUGUCUGACAUUUCAGGGAAGUCAUACCAAUAAAACCCGUUUAAUAAUGUAGCUUUUUAUUUCUUUUAAUCACUAUAAAAAAAAAUGUAUAAUACUGUUUUAGAACUGCAUAAUAAUGAAUUUAGAACUGCGCGUUUUGUUGUGUGCACGUAGCGUGUGACUAGUCCUGUCGUAUAUUGUCAGGAAAUUAUAUUCAUGAUGAUAAUAAUCGAUAAUAUCUAUCUCUGUUGAUAACAAUAAACUAUGGCGAUUAUUGGUUACCUAUGGCUUCAUGUCUGUUUUGUACAUACUAUUCAUAAUAAUGUUGUAGUAUUACGCAGUAGUCUAUAGAAAAUAUCUAAACAAAAAAUACAGUACAUCUUAACAUCCCUAAUAUUAUCGUUUAAUAUAAUAUGAUCGUAGCAUUACAAAUUAUGCAAUAACGAAGGUAUAGCUUAGGAUUCGUAAAAAAUAAAAAAAAUUCCAAAUUCCAAUAGGUUGUAGCCCAAAAACUGUUCGCCUUUCGCGAUGCGCCACGAACAUUUUGUGUUAUAUUAUUCCAUAUUUCCAUUGUUAUAACAUCCAGAACAAAACAAAUUUUAGUUUUGAAACUACGUCACUGCGCGACGGCACACAACGACUGAGCGAAUUGUAGGGGAGGGGAACCAUAAACGCACACACACACACACACACACACACACACUAGUAUCGCGUACGUUAUAUUAUUAUAUUUAUUAUAUUAUAUAGGUAGUUUGUUUGCGUGUGCAUUUUACAUUUUCUCUCGAUUAAAACUAGAUAAGUAACUGAGGUUGGUGCGCGCGCUAGCGCAUUAACAACCUAUUAUAUUUUAGUGUAUGUACCAGACGCAUUACAAUGGCCCGAGGCAUUUCUAAUAUAAUGUUAUACGGGGAGAAUUGCGGGGACCCAGCUGACCGUGACCUUUAAUCACUGUGUAUAACAAUAUUAUACACCGAACCACUGUGUGUAACGCCCUGCGUUGUUGUGAUACCUCCUGCGAUGUCUGAUACGAUAUCACUAUAUAUUCCAAUAUUAUAUUAUAUAGGAAAGUAUUUAUUUAUUUUAUCCGUUUAAACAUAUUUGCAUACAUAUGCAUAUUUAAGGGGGGAAACCGUACAAAAAAGUUUGCGUCAACAAUGCGAUGUAUGUACACUUGUUAUAUUGGGCGUGUUUUGGCGAUGCAGUUUUCGAUCAACAGUUUGCUACUGCCGUUAGCUACUCGGUUGAAAUAUCACUAAAAAUGUUUUGUUUACUAUAUAGUGUUUUACCGAAUAGAUAACCGGUAAUCGAAAACAGUAAACGUAGCUUUUAAUUGUUUGCCGAUUCCGACAGCCAGCAAGUUGGCGGAAAUUGCAUUCAGUUAUCAGACGAUUGCAGUAAACAGUAUGGCCAAAACAGUUUGUUCGCUAAACUAAUAGGUGACCAAGUUGUUCAAAACUGCAUAUCCGAAACACGUCUAUACUGUAUAAACCAAUAAUUGAGGUCCGUGGUAUAAUUAACGAGGUUUUAUUUGUAAAUCAACAUAAGCUAGGUAUGAAUUAUAAUAACUCUUAAUUAAAAUAUACCUAUAUUAAAUUACUGCGUAAAAUUAUGUUAAUUACUUUUUAAUGCCACGGAAUUGUAUAAAAAAAACAUCUUUAAUUAAAUCUUGGUUAUGGUACAAAAACUAUAUUUUAGACCGAUUUGUAUAUUUACUUUUCGUUAAAACGGAUUCUUUUUGUCCUAAUAAAAAAAAAAAAAAAAAAAAAAAAAAAAAAAAACAAACAAACAAAUAAAGGCCGAGCUAUUAGAAGCGGUAAGAAGACGAAGAAAAAUUCAAAACGACGAUGACAGUGACGUAGACGAAGAAGAUUUAGGACUCCCACGAAGUCCAUCAAUGCAUUCUCCUACUAUAGCCCCUGGCAAUGAUCUCCUAUUGAGCAAAGUGAGAUUAUAUUAUAACAUAUUAAAGGUAUUUUUAUUUCAGUUUUAAUGACAAUUGAAAAUCUAUUAUUCUAGGAGCUGAUAAAUAAAUCUUCACAUAGCACCUGCAGCGAUGGAUCACUUCUCAGUAUGGGAAGUUCGGAAAUGGAUGAAGUAAGAGAACUGUCUAUUAAAUGUAUAUACAAAUCAUUUUAAUCUAUUUGAAAACGUAAUUUCGUACAAUUUUUUUUUGCGCGUUUUAUUUCAUAAAUGGCUUAAUUUUAGACAUCGUUUCGGUUUUAAUAAUAUUUUAUGUGGAAAUUUAACAUUUUCGUUCCGCAUAAGAAUAACAGGUACAAUUUUGUUAUAGAUGUCGUGUCAAAGUAAUAAUUUAGCAAAUACGUGCUAGUAAAAAAGCUUAAAAUGCUUUAUAUAGAAAUUUUGUAGACUAACAAUAGGGAUACUCAUCAACGGAGGUCGUUUUCAAAUAUGAAGUCCGCCAUUAAAUAAAAAUACCUCACUACCUGUUUACGUGCUAACUUCUUCAGUAAUUACCUAUGCUAGUUAUAUUGUUUAUUUAUAUACAUACAUAUGUAUGAAAUUUAAAAAAUAUACACAGGGUGUCCCACGAAGAUACCCAUUGCAAUAUCGCCUGAGAUAAUAAAGAUAAUCAAAUUUUGUUUUUUUUUUUUUUAUAUUACUCGCAGGGUUAAGAACUACAAAUAUUCAGAUUUUAAUUAAAUUUCUAUGUUUUAGUAAAAAACUAAAAAACUAACUUUAUUUUAUUAUUUUUGAAAAAUUUAAUUUAAUGAAAAUAAAAAGUUGAAACGUCAACAUUUUCAGAAGAAAAAUCUCUAAAAAAAAUGGUGAUUAAAUUUUUUAGUUUUUUACUAAAACAUAAACAUUUAAUUGAAUUAUAAAUAUUCAUAAUUCUUAACCCCGCAAGUUAUAUUAUAUAUAUAUAUAUAUAUAUAUAAAAACAGAAUUUGAUUAUCUUUAUUAUUUCAAGAAAUAUCGCAAUGGGUAUAUUUUCGUGAGAUAUUUUGUAUGUAUAUAUUAGGGGUAGACAUAGGGCAUAAUAAUUAGUUUUCUUAUCUGUAAACUCGAUAAAUUAUUGUUAAAUUAACUUUUAUCUUAAAACAAGUCAAUCGAAUUUAAACUAAUUAAUAAUUUAUCUUUUUUAAAGUUUGUAUAUAAAAAAUAAAUUUAGGAUUCCUUCAGUAAAGAUCUGGCACUCGCUGUUAUUUUACGCCAAAAUCCGCGACUGAGAAUUACGUUCUCUUAUAAUAAUUGAAAUAUCUUUUAUUUUUUACAUCAUUCCAUAUCCGAAUUUUACUUAUCAAGAUUUAAAUUACCAUUCGUUGAUAACGUUUAAAGUAAUAACUACGCUUCUAUUGUUCAGGAUGGUUAUAUCAUAAUAUAACCUUUAUUUAUAUUGUUUUUAUCUCGAAAGGAUUCUUUUGGACUACACAAUUCUCGGCAUUCGUCAAAACUAUCUUUACACGACAAGCGCACGUCUCAAACAUAUCCGGAUAGUUCAGGUAUAUACGACUGCGGUAGAAAAAACCAAUAUAUAUGUAUCAAUUAUUUUUUACUUAAUCAUGUGUUUAGACGGUGACUCUUCGACUAGUGUUCCUCUAAGUCAUAGUGCGGCCAAGCAUCGAAUAGCGAUCAGGCCCAAAAGGAAACACGGCAAUCCUCGGAGCAAAAACCCGGUAAGUCGACACCCUACUAUGGCGAUAGGUUGUGGGGAAAAUCGAUAACAUAGUCAAUUUUUUUAAAUAUUUUCAGAACUAAUAAAAAAAAAAAAAGAUACGUGAAAGAACGGUAAAUAUAAUAUAUAUGGGGCGACACAAAUAAGUGUAUUUUAUUAUGUGCUUUAACUGUAUUUAUACCAAACCUAAAGUAUAAAAACGAAAAAAAGACGGCACACUUAAGGCGAUUCGUUUUUACAUACAUUUAUACCAGUAUGCUGGAGUAAAAUAAACAUACUUCCAGUAGUCUAAUUUCUGUUUUUGAAAAAUGAUUUGACUUUGUAUAUUUCUAUAUUUUAUGAUCUGUUGGUAAAAUAAUAUUUUUUUUUUUUUUGGUGACACUCUUAAGUGCGAGUUAAAAAAAAAAGUAUAGAAAAAAUGCAUCAUAUAAUUUGAUUAAAUUUUAAUAAAAAGUGAACUCGUUUCCUACAAAUUUUCUACUAGAAAUCAAAUGUUUCAAAUAUGAUUUAAAAAUUAAAGUUGAACGAGUGGUGGUUUGUGAAUUUUACUCUAUAGGUCUAAAACGUCAUAUUUGCCUGUUAAAAAAAAAACGACUGUAACCCUUCCCUUGAUUCGAUAUUGAACAGUAGAUUAGUGGAAAAUUCUUAUCAUUAAGGUGCUCAUUAAAAAGUGAAAUAUAAUUUUCGAAUUUUAAAAAAUUGAUAACAAUUUAGAAAACCGUGUUCACUUAAUUAUGUUGUUUUAUGUAUAAAAUUGACUACUGUUGACUCGUUUUUUUUUCUGCGCACAGCUGACCGUGACGAACGCCCUUCCAGCGACGCCCGAAGUAAACGAAGAGCACUCCGGACUGUCAACUUCGCCGGAGACGAACAAGCCGCUGCAAACCGCCGCCGACUCAACAACAGGUAUAUACAAUUACGGGCAAAGCUAUUCCGCUUAUUAUCCGACCAAAUUUAUCGCUAAACGGCGGCCGUCUACUGCUUUUUCGAAAACGAAACGUAAAAAACCGCCGAAAAAACGUUGUUGUCUGUUCCGGGCGACCGGCUGCUGUUUCGGCCGCAGCCGUUCCGGCGCGUAUCGCGUGCGAAACGACACGCUACCGUAUUUCGUACGGAGUUCGUCCGUCCGGCCAGUCGGAUUUAACAAGAUUUCUCCUCCGUUGUCGCAACGUAAACACCGCCAACAACAACAGCAACGACGACAGCAACGACGACAACCACAACCGCGAGAACAGAUCGACGUGACCAAAGGUAGAAUUAGACUGAAUUUAUACGCGUACCCGAAAGAGUAUUUGAAGUUUCUGGAGAGUUAUUUCGCGUGUACCACAGCCGUCGGUAACGAGGACGACGACUCGACGAAAAAAAGACUGUCCGCCAUAAGCGAAGAGGACGUGUGUCCGCUGUGCGGAUCUGCAGAUUACGGCCUGCAGAUGAAAGCGGCCGGGACCGGUCGAUGGAAAAACGCGUUACUAGUACCGUUCUAAUAAAAUUAAAAAACUUUGUGCGCGCUAUCUAUUCGGUGUGGACUCGUAUGGUUUUACACGGCAAAACAUCUGCUUAUUUUCUUCUCCCACCCCAUAGUAUAACUAUACUACACUGUCUUCCUGGUUUUUGUCAUUUUUUUUUUUUUUUGCACUUACACGUGUUUACCUAUUUUUGUUUGCAGAUGGCACCACCACCACAACCACCAACACUUCCACUACCACCAUUACCACCAUCACCGUCACCUCCACCAACACUACUGCCACCACCACCACUACCUCCGCCGCUCUCGUCACUGUUACAUGCCCCAUCGACGGCGACGGCGACGGCGACGGCGCUACGACGGUCGGGUCCUGCGAUCUGGACACGUCGGUCGACGAGAUUUCCGUGGAAAACGUGCCGCGACGUGAAGAGGGCUUUUUCCACCGGUUGCUGUCGCGCCGGAGCACCAAGAAAAAGGCGGCGACAACAAAAUGCUCUUCGGCCGAGGACGUGGACGUGGACACGUUCCUGUUCGACGAGACGAUGGGUCCUAAACCGAGACAGCGCGAAGAACCACCGCCGGCCGGCCGCAUGCAAUUAUCGUAUCCGCCCGAUUUACCCCCCGACCGGCAACCACCGCACCCGCGAGACGCGACCACCGUGGCCGAAAACAUUUUCGGGUCUGCGGACACGUUCGUCCCGAUCAAACGGUCGUUCAGCAUUGGACAGCAGAUGGUUGGCGGCGGAGACGAUGACCUGACCUCUUGUAGCGGCGGCGGUGAGUCAUCGUCCGUACAAAAGUCUUCAUCCUCGGAUAGCGUGUCCAGCACCGCCCUUGACGACUCCAUCGCCAGUGUUGUGGUCGAGCCCGCGACGGUGGUGGCCGGCGACGAACGCCGUCGGAGUUAUAGCUCGAGCGAUUCGGACCACCUGGUAAAUGGAGGAGAAGGAGGAGGAGGAGGAGGGGGCGGCGUCAACCUGUACCAACACCAACACCAUCAAAACUACCACCAGCGUCCGGUGCCCGCCCCGCGUCCUUCGAAAUUGUUCAACGGAGGUGGUGGUCCUACUGACGUGGUGAUCCGAAGGAAAAAGCGGGACGACCUACAACAGCCGGAACUGUUCAAAGUGUUCGCCCGGCGGUCGCUGAAAUUGGGUAAAGACGGCGAACCGGAAUUGUUGUUGACGAUCGGCGUCGACGUCGAAAACGACGACGGUGACGGCGACGACGAGGACGACUACGGCGACAAAGAGGACAACGACGAGGAAGCGCGGACCGUCGAGAACGGUCGAGUGACGGCGGCGGUGGCGGACGACCAGAAACCGCAUCACCGCGAGUCCGACGUGGACGUCAACGAGAACCGGACGGCAGCGGUUGCCGAGGUCGUUCCCCAGUUUAAGGGCAUACAACAGCGCCGGGAGGAAUGGGAGAAACUGUUGCAACAGCAGCGCAACUGACGGGCGUGGCGGCGCACUAUGUUAUAUUACAAUAUAGUCAGCAUAGUCGAACUACGUACGCCCGAUCGCCGUCACCUUGCCCAGCCACACUUAACGCCGGUUAACGAGCAAUAUUAAUUAUAAUGUUAAUCGCCUUUUUUUUUUUUAUACAUAUAUAUAUUACUGUUUUUUUUUUUUUUUUUUUUUUUUUUCUUUUUUUACAGAACGGUGCUAGAUGAUGGUCGAAUUCUUUAUAUAUAUUUUCGUUUUUACCCGAGUGGCCUUACGCACAACGUGCAGUCGGACGAUACCCGGCCCCGAGAGUAAUAUUUUAACCCUUGUCGACGGGUAUCGCCGGUGUCUUCUUCUUUAUUGUUCGUUAUAUACAUAUAAAUACUAUAUGAUUAUUGUUAUGAAAUAUUAUCAUUACGUAGGUUUCCUCUUUUAUUCGAAUUUAAAAAAAAAAAAAAAAACUAUCGACAAUAUUCGACCGGUUUACCGUUUUAUUAAUUAAUUAAAAAAAAAAUAAUAACAAUAAUAAUCCCGAAAUCAAUUAAUAUGUCUGUCGUGGCCGCGGUAAGCCGGGUAUAUCGUUUUAUAAAAUCAUUACAGAUAGUUAACAAAAACACGUUGCUGGACAAUUGUUAUUAUUAUUAUUGAUAUAUUUUUUUUAGAUCGAAAAUUCUAUUUUAACGUUACAUAAUAUAUAAUAAAUACAUAUAUAUAUAUAUUGAUAAAGUCUAUAGAGAAUAUAAUAUUUUUUAGAUAUUUUCGUUGAAUUAUACGUAUUUACAUAUAUAUAUAUAUAUAUAUACAUUUGUUAUUUGACGAUCGUUUUUACUCGUUAACACACACCUAUAUAAUAUUAAUAAUACCAUAUUUUCUGUGAUUUCGAAUCGUUUAAGACAAUAUUUUUUUUAAAUUUAUAAUAUAUAUUACGUUAUAGGUAUUACAAUAUAUAGGCCUAUUAUUUUUACCAGAACAAUUUAUUAUAUAUUUAUAAUACGUUUUUACGGCAUUUGUUAUGGACUUUCCGUUUUAUUUUUCUUUAAUUCCUCGAAAAGUUCCUCUCCCCGGGUCGUUUCGAGAAUAUAUAUAUAUAUAUUUUUUUUUUAAUCCGACGAUUAUUAUUGUAAAUGUCUUUACUUUUUUUUUUUUUUUCACGCUUUUCUACGGAUAUUUUAUUUACACGCUGCUCGUUUUCCGGGUGGCCGCCCCGAUUUUACCGCCCGCGUAACGGCACGUGGCCGGCGGCCACCGUCCUGUAACCGGGUAGUCGGUUACGCGAAAACCCGGGACCCCAAACGAAUCGGACGUGAUUGACAAACGCGCGCGCGGUGAACCGUUUCGACGGCCUCCGAGUAGGUAUAGAGUCCGUACACGCGGCGUCGUUUUCUGUAUUUCCAGUGUAUUUGUCCCGCCGUCGACGGGCCGUGUGAUAUUUGAAAACGCAAAGACUUCUUUAUAGCGAGACAAUAAUGACGAAUGUCGAGGAAAACAAAAAUAAAAAAAAAAAAAGACGCGAUGGUUGACGGUAAAAUUUCUCUUGUAAUCGCUGAUUGAUCGUUCGAUAUUUCAAUGCAUAUUCAUAUUAUUCAUAUUCACAUGUUCACAUAUUUAUAUUCGAUACAUAUUCAUACAGAUAGGCGCGACUAGGUUCGAAUUUUUAGAUGUUUUAGUAUUAUAGCAGUCGUUUAUAAAAUCCCCCCCCCCCAUCUUUACUGCCUACAAGCGCAUAACGUAGCGAAUUUGCGUCCGAUAGGCCGAAUCGUUAACAUUAUCUCGGGUCGUCGGUCGGUCUUUUUUUCUCUUGAUAUUUUAACUCGUAUAUGAGCGGGUUAUAAGCGUUUAUGCCCGUAUCUUAACAAUAUUAAAAACGCUAUUAAAAAAAAACACCGACGUGAGGGUGUGGAUCACGUUCUUUCCUCGGAGUUCGGUAUAACGCACCGAUAUUUACUCUAAUAUUGAAAACUAACGGCAAAUAAUCGUUUCCGAACGAAUAUUCGUCGCCGUGCGUUUUGUAGGCCGCGGAGGCUGUGUAGAUUUGGGUGUGGUGUCCUUACCCAGCGGUCGACUCCUCUUAAAACCAUUCCGAAAACGACCGGUGAGAUUUUCCAUUUUAAAAUAUCAGGGCCUCGCCUAGUCGCGUCUGCGAAAAUAUUACCAAAAAAACAAAACGAAAAUCCCACCCUUUGAGUACCUAUAUACAUAUAUAUUAUUUCUAUUCUACCGUCGCAAAUCAAAUCCCGAGUACCGCGAUGUUCUAUUUCGACAGGUAAUCAUUGUUCUAUAUUAUUACCUGUAUAUCAUUGUUGUGAAUUUGUGAUCAUCGUCGCCUUUAUACUUUUUUUUUUUCUAUUAUUAUUAUUAUUAACUUGUAUACUUAAUUUUUAUUAUUAUUCAUAAUGUAUUUUGUAUUAGAUAUAUUACGUUAAAUAUUUAUUUUUCGACAAACCGUGUAUUUUUG